AUGAAACUCGUACGAUUUUUAAUGAAGUUGAGUCACGAAACUGUAUCUAUUGAAUUAAAAAAUGGAAGUGUUGUGCACGGAACAAUAACAGGCGUUGAUGUCGCUAUGAAUACCCAUCUGAAGGCUGUUAAAGUAACUUUAAAAAACAAAGAGGAAUUGCAGCUGGAGACGUUAAGUAUUCGUGGGAACAAUAUUAGAUAUUAUCUGUUGCCCGACAGUCUACCGCUAGAAACACUUUUGCUCGAUGAUACUCCAAAAGGACGCGGAAAGCGAGAGGGUUUCCCGAGAGGUGCGGGCGGUGCUCGCGGCGGUCGAGGAAGGGGCCGCGGAGGUCGCGGUGGACCUCGAGGAGGCCGCGGAGGACGUGGUCGUGGUCGUCGUUAG